AUGUCUUCUGCUGCUGGUGGUGAGGCAACUUCUGCCAAUGCUGCUACUACUGUUACUACAUCCGCUACAACGAACUUAGUUGCUGCUUCAACCACACCCACUACAACUGAUUUGCCGGAUAUCAUUGCACCAUUUCCAAAGAAAUUUUUAUAUGCUUAUGCUGGUCAUUUAUUAAACAACGGCAACAAUAAUAACUUUAUUUCUACCCAGCAGCAGAAAUUGCAAUUACAGCAAAUUCAACAAAAAAUGACUUCCCAUACUACCACCACUACAGCUCCAACCACAGACGUUACUAAUGAUAGUCCUUGGGGUCUUUCUGCUGUGCAGGAGGAUAGUGAAGAUGAUAACCUCAACAACAACAUUAAUAAUAAUGGUGACACCUUGGAAUCAAUGUCUGAUGAGGCUCUUGCAUGUGCAGAAUUGAUGGAAAUCAUGGGCAAUUCUAGUCGUGGAUCCAGUAGACCUGUUUCUUUUAAUAGUUACGAUGAAUUGAAAGCAAUUGAAAUUGAAAAGAUGCGUCAAAGACCGUUUACAAUUUCUACAUCCACUUUAAAUGCUUCUUCUUCCUCCACAUCUGGAUCAACAACAACGUCACCCACAACGAUUCGUCCAAGUCGUCUUGCACAACGUUCUAAACAAUUUCCACAUAAUCAUAAUCAACAACAACUUUUAAGACCAACUAGUCUUUACCAAACGAAUAAUUAUUACUACGACAACAACAACAAGAAUGAUAGUGGUAUUGAAGGAGAAACUAAUUUCUAUGAUGGUGAUCUUAAUAAUGAAAAUGCUGCUAGUGAUAUUACCAAAGUUGGUGGUAUUAGUAGAAUGAUUAAUAAUCUUAAUGAUAAUUCGUUUGAAAAUGUUUCUAAAAUUCCUCAUAAUUUGUCCAAAGCAUCUAAAACUGCAAUUUUCAUGAGUAUUUCUGAAGGUGGAAGACGUCGAUCAUUGUCUGUCGGAAGUGCUGGGCUCAAAACUGGUAGUAAAAUAAUUGGUUGUUAA